CGAGAUCAGAAAAACCGAGAAUCUACGUUUAGUAGCCGAAUGUUUAUGUUUAAUUGUAGCCUAAUAUUUAAUAGUAGCUUGUGCAGGAAUUUCUACUUGAUGGGAUAUAAAAAUUUUGAGAAGCUGUAACGUCACAUUUCGUUCAAGCAUACAGAUGCAGCUCCAUGAAGACUGACUAAAUCAUGGAGGACAAACAAACAUUAAAACAAGAUAUUUCUCCAGAAUGCAGGGAGCGAUCAAACUCACCGGAGUCCAGCUGUGUGUCCAUGAAGAGUGACCGGUCUAUGGAGCAGCCAGUACAACUUGAGGGAGGACACACAUCAACUUAUCUGAGUGACAGAUCAAACUCACCGGAGCCCAGCUGUGUGUCCAUGAAGAGUGACCAGUCUAUGGAGCAGCCAGUACAACUUGAGGGAGGACACACACCAACUGAUCUGAGGGAGCGAUCAAACUCACCGGAGUCCAGCUGUGUGUCCAUGAAGAGUGACCGGUCUAUGGAGCAGCCAGUACAACUUGAGGGAGGACACACAUCAACUUAUCUGAGUGACAGAUCAAACUCACCGGAGCCCAGCUGUGUGUCCAUGAAGAGUGACCAGUCUAUGGAGCAGCCAGUACAACUUGAGGGAGGACACGCAUCAACUGAUCUGAGGGAGCGAUCAAACUCACCGGAGCCCAGCUGUGUGUCCAUGAAGAGUGACCGGUCUAUGGAGCAGCCAGUACAACUUGAGGGAGGACACACAUCAACUUAUCUGAGUGACAGAUCAAACUCACCGGAGCCCAGCUGUGUGUCCAUGAAGAGUGACCAGUCUAUGGAGCAGCCAGUACAACUUGAGGGAGGACACGCAUCAACUGAUCUGAGCACAUUCAAAUCAAAUCUGCUGAAGAAGUUCGAGUGUCUGUAUGAAGGAACAGCAACGCAGGGAAACCCAACACUCCUGAAUGAGAUCUACACAGAGCUCUACAUCACAGAGAGUGAGAGUGGAGAGAUCAGUAAUGAGCAUGAGGUGAGACAGAUUGAGACACAAUCCAGGAGAGCAGCAACAGAGGACACAGCCAUCAAAUGCAAGCUCAACUUGAUGAUGGACAAAACACUCAGACUUUCAGAUCUUCUUCUUGUCUUUUUUCCUGAAACAAAACAAAUGGAAAUAUCCAGUGGUGAAUAUAAAGUGUUGUUCAUCUUUGAUGGUCUGGAUGAGUGUCGUCUGUCUCUGGAUUUUCAGAGCAAUGUGAGGUUGUGUGAUGAGAGUGAAUCAGUCUCAGUGGACGUGCUGCUGACGAACCUCAUUAUGGGGAAUCUGCUUCCCUCUGCUCUCAUCUGGAUCACCUCCAGACCAGCAGCAGCUGAUCUCAUUCCCUCUGAGUGUGUCCAUCGAGUGACAGAGGUACGAGGCUUCAAUGAUCCACAGAAGGAGGAAUACUUCAGGAAGAGAAUCAGUGAUCAGAGUCUGACCGAGAGAAUCAUCUCACACCUGAAGUCAUCAAGGAGCCUCCACAUCAUGUGCCACAUCCCAGUGUUCUGCUGGAUAUCCGCCGCUGUUCUAGAGAAGAUGUUGAGUCGAGCAGAGAGUGGAGAGAUUCCCAAGACUCUCACUCAAAUGUACACACACUUCCUGAUCAUUCAGACCAACAUCAAACAUGAGAAGGACUAUGAGAAGAAAGUCAAAGAUAAAGACAUGAUUCUCAAACUGGGGAAACUGGCUUUUCAGCAGCUUGUGAAAGGCAGCCUGAUCUUCUAUGAGGAAGACCUGAGAGAGUGUGGCAUUGAUGAGACAGAAGCAUCAGUGUACUCAGGAUUGUGCACUCAGAUCUUCAGAGAGGAGUUUGGCUUGUUUCAGGGGAAAGUCUUCAGCUUUGUUCAUCUGACCAUCCAGGAACAUCUAGCAGCUCUAUAUGCGCACUUCUGCUUUACCAACAAGAACAUACAAACAAAAGAAAGUUUAUUGUCUAAGAUUUUAAACCUGAGGGAAUAUGUUUUAUUAUCUGAGCUGCAUCAGAGAGCUGUGGAUGAAGCUUUACAGAGUAAGAAUGGACAUCUGGAUCUUUUCCUGCGUUUUCUUCUGGGUCUAUCAUUGGAGUCCAAUCAGACUCUCUUACGAGAACUACUGACACAGACAAGAAGCUGCUCCUACAACAAAGAGGAAACAAUUCAGUACAUCAAAGAGAAGAUCAGGCGGAAUGACUCUCCAGAGAGAUCCAUCAAUCUGUUCCACUGUCUGAAUGAACUGGGUGAUCUUUCACUGAUGCAGGAGAUCCAAGAUUAUUUGACAUCUAAAAAAAUUAAAGAAAUCAAACUCUCCUCUUCACAGUGGUCAGCUCUGGUUUAUGUGUUGCUGACAUCAGAGCAGGAGAUGGAUGUUUUUGUUCUAAAAAAGUUUACUGGAUCCCAAAAUACAGCAGAUGAAGUUCUUCGGAAGCUGCUGCCUGUGGUUAAAGAAUCCAGAUCAGUUCUGUUGUAUGAUUGUGGAGUCACAGAUGAAGGUUGUGCUGCUCUGGCUUCAGCUCUGAGAUCAAACCCCUCACACCUGAGAAAACUGGAUCUGUCAUUGAAUGAACUUGGAGACUCGGGAGUGAAUCUGCUCUCUGAUGGACUGAAGGAUCCUCACUGUAAACUGGAGACACUGAUGUUGAGUUAUUGUGGAAUCACAGAUGAAGGUUGUGCUGCUCUGGCUUCAGCUCUGAGAUCAGACCUCUCACACCUGAGAUAUCUGGUUCUUGCAAGAAAUAACCUACAAGACACAGGAGUGAAGCUGCUCUCUGAUGGACUGAAGGAUCCUCACUGUAAACUGGAGAAACUAAGGUUGAAUAAUUGUGGAAUCACAGGUGAAGGUUGUGCUGCUCUGGCUUCAGCUCUGAGAUCAAACCCCUCACACCUGAGAGAACUGAAUCUAAAUGGAAAUAACCUAAGAGAUUCAGAUGUGAAGCUGCUCUCUGAUAAGAAACAUGGUUAUGGACUGCAGAAGCUUCUGUUUUAGAUGUUAGUCUGAUCUUCUCUGGAUCAGCUGAUUGUGAAUAAAGUGACACUUCAGACUGACAUCAAAUUCAGCAGAAUCAACAGACACAAACCCAUAGUGAUCAUCACACACACGUGUUUGUGUAACUUUACUGAAUGAUCCAGUCCUUGAUUUGAAGUCAAACAAGAAAACCUUUUGUUUGUUCUUCAGAAAUGACAUUUGUACUGGUACCACAUUUUACAUAAUAAUUUUACAAGCUGUUUGUGACAAUCAGUGUGUCUUCUGUUCAGUUCUUACUACAAUAGAUUUCAAACCAACAACCCAAAAGCCGGGUUUUUAUUAUUGAUUAAUUGACUUGAUAAGAUUAAAAAAAAACAGGUCAUUUCUGGAUGUCUGUAAUCUGAUCUAAUAUGGAAGUGCCGCUGUAGUUGUUUGUCUCCAGUGUCAGAAGCUUCUGUAUGUAGUUUUGAGGCAAGCCGUUCUGUUGAGCCCCUAAACACACAACCUAGAUGCAGAAUGAGACGAGAUAAACAUUCAGAUGAAGAAGAGACUCUUUAUUGACAGUUGUCAUGAUAGUUAUGAAACUAGACAGUCACAGAUGUCUUAUGAAAGCUUAUAUAAUCAUAAGGUUAAAAUACAACUAUAUUAAGAAUAUCUGAAAUUUAAACUUUAAAACACUUGUUGAUAUUUUAUCAAUGGGGUGGACUGUUCGAUUUGUGGUUGUACAGGCUUAUGAUGGACAGUAAAUAGUACCUUUCUGUACUGUGGUGAAGGUGGACAUGGUCUGUAAUUGUUCAUCUUGUAUGUCCGGCAGAGAAGCACCUCCUUCUUUAUUUCUACUUUGAUAUCUAUUGGGCUGUACACACCUUCAUGAACCUGUUCCUGUCUGAAUCACAUGCAAGAUCUGUAAUACAUGCCUAAAUGCAGAUAUUUUAUUCUUGAGUAGAACAUUUUGGGAUAUAAAAGAUUUACAGGGUGCAAUAAGGAUCCAUAUACUGUCUACAACCAGUACCUGCCCAUAUAUAUAUAUAUAUAUUUUUUUUUUUUGUACUUAUGAGUGCUAAUCUGACUAAGCUGAUGAUGAAAACCUAUGUCAUAGCUUUAUCAUAGUACUAGUCAUUUUUAAAGUUAUUUUUUCUACUAUGUGCAUGUAACAGGAUAAUAUGCAGUAAAUAAGUAUACUACAAAGCUACUUUAUACAAAUAAAUAAAUGUACAUGAAA